AUGGAGCCCGCCAUGGAGCCCGCCGUGCUGCCCGUCCGGGCGCCCGAGCCCGCCGACGUGCCCUACAGCUUCUGCAGCCAGCCCCGCUCCCUGUCCUCCCGCCCCAAGUACCGAGAGCAGUCCAAAGCCGCCGAGACGGAGAAGCGCCCGCUGAGCUACGUCAACAUCAUGUUCGACCCGAGGGUGGUGCGCGGAAACGUUCUGUCCGUCCGUCCUUCCCCACCGCAGCAUACUGAGCCCCAUACUCUUGAGGUUAAAAGGCAGAGGAGUGCACGGAGAAAAGUACUGGCCAGAAAGUUUACACAAGUGCAUAUUCGACCAGGAACACCAGAGCCUGUGGAAGGCAGAGAACAUGUUCAUGUGCAGACAGAAUUGUAUUUGGAAGAGAUUAGUGAUCGAAUAAUAGAGGUUGAUGGAGAGUGUCAAACAGAUGACUUUUUGGACAGACCACCCACUCCACUCUUCAUACCAGCCAAAUCAGGAAAAGAUGUGGCCACUCAAAUAGAAGAAGGAGAGUUGUUUGACUUUGACAUUGAAGUUAAGCCAAUCCUGGAAGUGUUGGUUGGAAAAACGGUUGAGCAAGCUUUGCUGGAAGUCAUGGAAGAAGAAGAGCUGGCCCAGCUGUGGUCACAUCAGCGUGCCUUUGCAGAGCUGCGUAAUGCAGAGUUUGCUGAAUUACAGCGCUUGGAAGAGCAGGACAGGCGAAUCAAAGAGGAGAAGGAACGUCGCAGACUGGAGCACCUGGAAAAGCUGCGGAAACAGAGAGAAACUGCAGAGAAAAUUGCAGCUCGGGCAUUUGCUCAGCGUUACCUGGCUGAUCUCAUUCCCUCAGUCUUCAACAAACUUCAUGACAGUGGAUUUUUUUAUGACCCUAUAGAAAGAGAUAUUGAGACAGAAUUCCUUCCAUGGCUAAUGUCAGAAGUGGAAGAAACACUACAGAAGAAGGUUCUGGGAAGGACAAUGCUUGACUCUUUGAUUCGUAUGGUGGUUGAAAAACGCUUAGAUGAAUUUAGCCAUCCACCUCCAUCUGCUCAGACAAACGCACCUUCUGAAGAGCCUGGGACAGCAGAUGCAGCUCCCAUGUCUGGUGAGGCAGACGCUGCUGACCAACCAGUUGCAGAGGAAGAAGAGACUGACCAACCUGUUGCAGAGGAAGAAGAGACUGACCAACCUGUUGCAGAGGAAGAAGAGGCUGACCAACCUGUAGCAGAGGAAUAGCCUUCAGAUUCCACCUCUUCUCAGUUAGAAGAAUAAGAUCAAGAGGGAACAGCAGAUUUGGAAACUGAGUAGCAAACAGGCAAGUCAUCAAGUAAAUGGAGACCAGUGUCUUAGAAAUAAGGAUUUAAUUCCUAUCUAUUUACAGGUAUUGUGCCCUAGUCAUGCUGAAGGAUGAACCUAAGCAACAGUAGAGCAUUAAAACAUGUUUUCCGUAUGCUGGAAUUGCUGAUUUCAGGCUGCUAGAAUCAAGAGAGAAGUUACUAGUGCAAUGAAUGGCACGGAAAUUCUGUCCCCUUUUACAAUUCAAUCCAUCAAAACCUGGGAGAUUUACAGUUGAAAAGCAAUGCUGUCCCACACCCUGUGUUAGAAGGUCAUGAGAAGGAUGUUGAGAGCAUCAUAAUAAUCAUCUUUGUAAGUGCUUUGAUAAUGUUCUUAGAACAAUAUUUCCUAACUUUCCUUAUUUUGAAAGAUAGUUACUGCAGCAAUUAAAUGAAUUGCUUUUGAUUCAUGUUAGUCUUUCCUUUCCUCACAAACUUCAAUGGACAUCUCAGCAGGUAAUACAGCCAAACCAGCUGUUCCUCA